CAGAGAGCUAGCAGCUAGUAUAUAUACUGCAUAUGUGUGCGUCGGCUCUGAACAAUAUCUAAGGCUAGGCAUCGUACGUGUGAGCAAGCACUAGAAGAAGAAGAGGCGCCGCCAUGGCCCUGAUGCUGCUGCACGGGGUGAUCGACGCCCAGAUUCUGGAUGCCGACCUGUCAUCCGUGUCGUCGGACGGGCAGAUCAGGCCGAAUCGGAAGACUCUGAUGAAGAAAAAAGUGUUCUCAUGGAUCAAGAAGCUGCCCUUCUGCAACUGCCAGCAGGUGGAGAACGCGAUAGGGCUGGGCAGCACGGCCGGCAAGCUGUACGCGACGGUGGACAUCGACAAGGCUCGCGUGGGGCGGACGCGCAUGCUGGAGCCGACCAACACGCCGAAGUGGGGGCAGGAGUUCCACAUCUACUGCGCCCACGACGCCGCCCACGUCAUCUUCACCGUGAAGGCCGACAACCCCGUGGGCGCCACGCUCAUCGGCCGCGCCUACCUCCCCACGGGCGGCGCCGUCGCGGCGGGGCAGCGGGUGGACCAGUGGCUCCCCAUCUGCGACGACAAGCGCCGCCCGCUGGAAGGCGGGGACAGGAUCCACGUCCAGCUCCGUUUCACCGACGUGGCCGCGGACCCGAACGCCCGCUGGGGCGCUGGCAUCGGCGGCGUGGAGUACCCUGGCGUGCCCCGCACCUUCUUCCCGCAGCGCAGCGGCUGCCGCGUCAGGCUGUACCAGGACGCGCACAUCGCCGACGGCUUCGCGCCUCGGAUCCAGCUCGCCGGUGGCAGGCUCUACGAGCCGCGCCGGUGCUGGGAGGACGUGUUCGAGGCUGUUACAAACGCCCGGAGGAUGGUGUACAUCACAGGGUGGUCCGUCAACACCGGCGUGGCGCUGGUGCGUGACCCGGGGAAGCCGUCGUCGGGGACGCUGGGCGAGCUGCUCAAGAGAAAGGCGGACCGUGGCGUGACGGUGCUGAUGCUGGUGUGGGACGACCGCACGUCCCUGGGGCUGGGCCCGAUCCGGCGCGACGGCCUCAUGGCCACGCACGACGAGGACACGGCCACCUACUUCCGUGGCUCGGGCGUGCGCUGCAUCCUCUGCCCUCGGAACCCCGACCAGGGCCGGAGCUACGUGCAGGACGUGGAGACGGCCGCCAUGUUCACGCACCACCAGAAGACGGUCAUCGUCGACAGCGGCAACAACCCGGGCGGCCUCGUGAGCUUCCUGGGCGGCAUCGACCUCUGCGACGGGCGGUACGACACGCAGGAGCACCCGCUGUUCCGGACGCUCGGCACCACGCACCACGACGACUUCCACCAGCCAAACUUCCCCGGCUCGUCCGUCAACAAGGGCGGGCCGAGGGAGCCCUGGCACGACAUCCACUGCCGCGUCGAGGGCCCCGCCGCCUGGGACGUGCUCGACAACUUCGAGCAGCGCUGGCGGAAGCAAGGGGACGGCGACAACUUCCUGGUCACCCUCGACAGGUCCUGGGCGUCGCAGGAGCGCAUCCAGGACUUGGAAUCGUGGAACGUCCAGGUGUUCCGGUCCAUCGACGGCGGCGCGGCGGCCGACUUCCCGGAGGAACCCAAGGAGCAAGCCGACAAGGGGCUCGAGACGGGGAAGGACCACGUCGUGGACCGCAGCAUCCAGGACGCCUACAUCCACGCCAUCCGCCGCGCAAGGGACUUCAUCUACAUCGAGAACCAGUACUUCCUGGGGAGCUCCUACGCGUGGCGGCGCGACGACGGCGUCACGGUGGAGGACAUCAACGCGCUGCACCUCAUCCCCAAGGAGCUUUCGCUCAAGAUCGUCAGCAAGAUCGAGGCCGGCGAGCGGUUCGCCGUCUACGUCGUGGUGCCCAUGUGGCCGGAGGGCGUGCCUGAGAGCGCCUCCGUGCAGGCCAUCUUGGACUGGCAACGCCGGACCAUGGAGAUGAUGUACAAGGAUGUGGCACUGGCGAUUCAGGCCAAGGGCAUCCAGGCCAAACCCACGGACUACCUCACCUUCUUCUGCCUCGGCAACCGGGAAGCGUACAGCCCCGGCGAGUACGUGCCACCGGAGAAGCCAGACCCCGACACCGACUACAUGAGGGCGCAGCAGGCCAGGCGCUUCAUGAUCUACGUCCACGCAAAGACAAUGAUAGUGGAUGACGAGUACGUCAUCGUGGGAUCGGCGAACAUCAACCAGCGAUCCAUGGACGGCGGCCGGGACACAGAGAUCGCCAUGGGCGCGUACCAGCCGAGCUACCUCGCGUCCAGUAACCGGCCAGCGAGGGGGGAGGUGCAUGGCUUACGAGUCUCCCUGUGGCAGGAGCACCUGGGCCAGGCUGCGGCGUCAGCCGCCGUUGCGGCCGACCUUCUCCAGCCGUCGAGCCUGGCGUGUGUGCGCAGAAUGAACCAGGUGGCGCAGCAGCACUGGGAGAUGUUCGCGAGCGACACGGCCCCGGGCCAACUUCCGGGCCACCUCAUGGCAUACCCCAUCGGCGUCACUGACGGCGGCGAGCUGCUGGAGACGACGGCCUUCUUCCCCGACACCAAGGCGAGGGUGCUCGGCAAUAAGUCCACCUACCUCCCGCCGAUCCUAACAACAUGAAGGCGCGCAAGAUCGUGCAUGAUGACUCAUUGAGAUCGAGAGGCCGAUACGGUAAUAUGCUGAUAUGUACAAAACUGAAUUCGUUGUGUGGGUUAGUGGGUAGAUUUACUGGAACCUGUGCUUGUGUGUGGAUUGGGAUUGCUUGUGCUUAAAUAACACGAUUGUUUCCGUGAAUAAGAUAGUAAUUUAAUACAAAAGGUGGGAGUGGCUACACAUA